AUGCCUACUGGAACGAUGAAUAUUAGUACACUUGAAAUGUACUUCAAGGAUUUCACAUGCACUAAGUAUCUCCGCGAUGUGUAUAUGACAUGGGACGGUUUAUUAGCUGCAUUUGGAGGUAUUUUUGGUUUAUGUAUGGGUGCCUCUUUGAUAAGUAUUGCAGAAAUAUUAUUCUAUUUUUGCGUAAAAUACAACUGUUAUAAUAUAUUUUAUAAUAAUAAGGAAAAAUCUACAGCAUCAACAGUACGAGCAUUUACUUUAUCGGAAAGGUUUAUUAAACCAGGAGAAUUAACAUUUCAGCGUAAAAUCAUUCCAGAUAUAAUUAUACAAUAA